AUGGCGCUCGGCAACGACGCCACCUGCAUCCUCUCGGGCAGCGGCCGGGUCCAGUGCUGGACUGCUGGGGCGCCGGGUGCCGGACUAGUACAGGAACACGGAUUUCCUGACCAUCCAGGCCGACGCGACGCGGUGUGCGGCAUCCUCAAGAGCAACUACCCCGUCACGUGCUGCGGGAAGGGCGACCGCACGCUUCGGCAGCCGGCAGCCUGGUCUACAAUAGCACCAUGCCCGGCACCGGCGCGCGCAAGAAGAGCUGCCAGUGCGACGUCAUCUCCGGCUCCGGGCUCCGGCGCAAUCUGCAGCACCGGCGGCGCUGAGGGCGGCGAGGUGCUCGCCGUCUGCCAGGCCUGCGUGAUGCCGCUGAACGCUUCCAGGAUCCUCAUUGCCAACGGCAGGGCGAGUACGGACUAG